ACCCUAAAUCAAAAUUUAGGGUUCUUGGAGGAAAUGGGCAAGCGCAAAUCCGCCAAGAAGCCGCAGCCCAGCAGAAAGAUGCAGGAGAAGCUGCCAUCGGUGUUUAGCUGCCCGUUCUGCAAUCACGAGAGCAGCGUCGAGUGCCGCAUGGAUCGAAAGAAUGCCGUGGGCGAAGCGUCGUGCAGGAUUUGCCAGGAGAAGUACUCCACUCAAAUUGACGCUUUGAGCGAGCCAAUCGAUGUCUAUAGCGAAUGGAUCGACGAAUGCGAGCGAGCAAACACUGCCUCGUGAAGGAAGGUUUGAGUUUUACAUAUACAUAGCGUGUAAAUACGCACUCUUCCAAGAAAACCAGUGUGUAAUGUGCAGUCCAGGAAUACAUUAGCUUGGAUUUUUUUCUC